AUGGCUGAGCCAACUAAGAUCCCGAUCCUCGGCCGCGAGAGCAUCAUCGCGGACUAUGGGAUCUGGGGCAACUAUAUCGUACAGGAUCUUCUUUUGAAUCUACCAUCGAGCACGUAUUUGCUUGUCACCGAUACCAAUCUCGGGCCAAUCUACAAUGAGUCCUUCGCAAAAGCUUUUGGCGCCGCCGCCAACGCCGUAUCCCCAACCCCGCGUCUCCUAGUUAAAGAAAUUCCUCCGGGCGAGAGCUCCAAGUCCCGCCAAGGAAAGGCCGAUAUUGAGGACUGGAUGCUUCAAAACCUUUGUGGACGGGAUACUGUGAUCAUCGCUCUGGGCGGAGGUGUCAUUGGCGAUCUCCUGGGUUUCGUUGCUGCCACCUACAUGCGGGGUGUCAAAUUCGUCCAGGUCCCAACAACACUGCUGGCAAUGGUUGACUCGUCCAUUGGAGGCAAGACUGCCAUUGAUACACCAUUGGGAAAGAAUUUGGUCGGAGCAAUCUGGCAGCCCACCCGGAUCUACAUCGACCUCAAUUUUCUGAACACUCUUCCCGAGAGAGAAUUUAUCAACGGCAUGGCAGAGGUCAUUAAAACCGCAGCGAUCUCGGACGAGAAAGAAUUCGCCUCUCUAGAGAAUGAUGCCGAGGGAAUUCUGGCAGCUGCUCGUAGCAAACCCAGAGCCGGGCGAUUCGAUGAAGUCAAAACUGUUUUGAAGCAGCACAUUGUUGCGUCUGCGCGACACAAGGCAUACGUCGUGACCGCAGAUGAACGUGAGGGUGGCCUCCGAAAUCUUCUUAACCUGGGCCACUCGAUUGGUCACGCGAUCGAAGCAAUCUUGACUCCUCAGGUCCUUCACGGUGAAUGUGUCGCUAUUGGUAUGGUCAAGGAAUUAGAACUUUCAAGAUACUUGGGUAUUUUGAAGGGCGUUGCCGUAUCCCGGAUGGUAAAAUGCCUCUCCAGCUACGGGUUGCCAACGUCGUUGAAAGAUCAGCGCGUGAGGAAACUCACAGCUGGCAAGUACUGCUCUCUUGACCAGAUCAUGGCAAACAUGGCUCUGGAUAAGAAGAACGACGGUCCCAAGAAAAAGAUUGUCCUUCUCUCGGCCAUUGGACAGACUUAUGAGCCCAAAGCCAGUGUCGUCGCAAACGAAGACAUCAGGGCGGUCCUAGCCCCUAGCAUUGAGGUUGUGCCAGGUGUUCCCAAGUCACUCAACGUCGUGUGUGCUCCUCCGGGCUCCAAGAGUAUUUCCAACAGAGCGCUCGUCAUGGCGGCUCUUGGAUCCGGAACAGUUCGAGUCAAAAACUUGCUGCACUCUGACGACACUGAAGUCAUGCUCAACGCCUUGGAACGACUGGGCGCUGCAACUUUUGCCUGGGAAGACGAGGGAGAAGUGCUGGUAGUGAAUGGCAAUGGAGGCAAGUUGCAAGCAACCCCUACCCAGCUUUACUUGGGAAAUGCCGGCACCGCAUCAAGAUUCCUUACCACUGUUGCAACCCUCGCAAACAAGGGGUCUGUGGACCACAACAUUCUUACUGGCAACAACCGUAUGAAGCAGCGGCCCAUUGGUGAUUUGGUUGACGCACUCACUGUCAAUGGUGCUGGAAUCGAAUACGUCGAAAAGACUGGCAGUCUACCUCUGAAGAUCGCUGCUUCAGGUGGAUUCAAGGGCGGCAGCAUCAACCUUGCUGCCAAAGUUUCGUCUCAAUAUGUGUCUUCGCUCUUGAUGUGUGCACCUUAUGCAAAGGAGCCAGUGACUUUGAAAUUGGUUGGAGGCAAACCCAUCUCCCAACCAUACAUUGACAUGACAACGGCCAUGAUGCGCUCCUUUGGCAUCAAUGUUGAGAAAUCUACAACUGAAGAGCACACCUACCAUAUUCCACAGGGAGCGUAUGUCAACCCUGCCGAGUAUGUCGUAGAGAGUGAUGCUAGCUCUGCUACUUACCCUCUUUCAAUUGCUGCUAUUACCGGUACCACGUGCACCGUCCCCAAUAUUGGGUCUGCAAGUUUGCAGGGCGACGCACGCUUCGCAGUCGAAGUCUUGCGGCCUAUGGGCUGCACGGUUGAACAAUCUGCCACUUCUACAACCGUUACCGGUCCAGCAGAUGGUGUCCUGCGUCCUCUCCCCAAUGUCGAUAUGGAGCCAAUGACAGAUGCGUUCUUGGGUGCGUCUGUUCUUGCUGCAGUUGCUCAAGGAGAAGGAUCAAACCACACCACUCGCAUCUAUGGAAUCGCCAACCAGCGUGUCAAGGAGUGCAACCGUAUCGAGGCAAUGAGAGUGGAAUUAGCCAAGUUCGGCGUGGUCUGCCGUGAGCACGAAGAUGGUCUCGAGAUUGACGGUAUCGAUCGGUCGGCUCUCCGACAUCCUUCUGGCGGUGUCUUUUGCUACGAUGACCACCGUGUCGCAUUCAGCUUCAGUGUUUUGUCUCUUGUGACUCCAGAGCCCACCCUCAUUCUUGAGAAGGAAUGUGUAGGCAAGACAUGGCCAACGUACUGGGAUGCACUAAAACAGAAAUUCGGCGUGCAGCUUAGUGGGAAAGAACUCGAGGAGACUGGACUCGUCGAACAGGCUCGUGCUGAUCGGUCCUCUGCGUCCAUUGUCAUCAUCGGUAUGCGUGGGGCUGGAAAGACUACGAGCGGUCGCUGGGUUGCGAAGGCACUUAAACGCCCCUUUGUGGACCUUGAUAUCGAGUUGGAAAAGAACGAAGGCAAAACAAUUCCGGAAAUCAUCAAGGAACGUGGCUGGCAGGGCUUCCGUGAGGCCGAGUUGACCUUGUUCAAGCGUGCUCUUACUGAACGCCCUACUGGUUACGUUUUUGCUUGCGGUGGAGGAAUCGUCGAGUCUGCAGAGGCAAGAAAGAUUCUUAUCGACUACCACAAGGUCAAGGGACAUGUGCUCCUCGUCAUGCGGGAUAUCAAGAAGGUCAUGGAGUUCCUCAACAUCGACAAGUCGCGGCCUGCUUAUAUUGAAGACAUGAUGAGCGUCUGGCUUCGCCGGAAGCCUUGGUUCCAGGAGUGCAGUAAUGUACAGUACUACAGCCAGCACAAUAAAUCGAGCGAAAUGACCCUGGCCUCGGAAGACUUUAGCCGAUUCCUUCAUUUUGUCACUGGAAGGGUCAACCCUCUAGCUGCCAUUAGGAAGAGAGAUCUUUCUUUCUUUGUGUCGCUGACGCUCCCUGAUUUACGCACCACUGGUGAUCUGUUGCGCCGUGUUUCUUCUGGAUCAGACGCAGUUGAAUUGCGUGUUGAUUUGUUAGAGGAUCCUGCGUCAAGCAAUGAAAUACCUACGCCCGAGUACGUUGCCGAACAAAUUUCCUUCUAUCGCACCCAGGUAUCCCUCCCUAUUGUAUUUACGAUACGCACGAAGAGCCAGGGAGGAAGGUUCCCCGAUGAUGCUCAUGAGGCUGCAUAUGAGUUGAUCAAACUUGCGAUCCGUACCGGCUGCGAAUUUGUGGAUGUUGAAGUCACCUUCCCUGAAGAGUUGGUGCGCAACGUUACAGAGAUCAAGGGCCAUACGAAGAUUAUUGCGUCUCAUCACGAUCCGCAAGGCAAACUUAACUGGACCAAUGGAUCGUGGAUCCAGUUCUACAACAAGGCUCUACAAUUCGGUGAUAUCAUUAAACUGGUAGGCGUUGCAAGCGGAUUGAAUGACAAUACUGCAUUGAAGGAGUUUAAAGACUGGGCAGAAAAGGCCCACGACGUGCCUGUCAUUGCUAUCAACAUGGGUGACAAGGGCCAGCUGAGCCGCAUUCUCAACCGCUUCAUGACCCCAGUGUCUCAUCCCGACCUCCCCUUCAAAGCAGCACCUGGACAACUGUCGGCCACGGAGAUUCGCCGGGGACUUGCGCUCAUGGGUGAAAUCCAGCCCAAGAAGUUUGCGCUUUUCGGCAAACCAAUCGCUGCGUCGCGCUCACCUGCUCUGCACAACACGCUUUUCCAAAUCGCGGGAUUGCCUCAUGAGUACACGCGGGUCGAAACGGACAAGGCCCAAGACGUCAAGGAUUUUAUCCGGUCGCCCGAUUUCGGAGGCGCCUCUGUCACGAUUCCUCUGAAGCUGGACAUCAUCCCGCUGAUUGACGAAGUGCUGAAUGAGGCAGAAGUCAUUGGUGCAGUCAACACCAUCGUUCCUGUCAAGGGCGCCGAUGGCUCCACGCGUCUCGUUGGCCGCAACACAGAUUGGCAGGGGAUGAUGCACUGCCUGCGCGAGGCCGGCGCAUAUAGCGGAGAUGACGGUAAUUCCAGUGCUCUGGUUGUCGGAGGCGGUGGCACCGCACGCGCGGCCAUCUACGCCCUGCACAACAUGGGCUUCUCCCCGGUGUACUUGUUGGGACGAUCACCAGAGAAAAUCCAAAACAUGGCGUCGACUUUCCCCACUGGGUUUGACAUCCGCAUCGUCUCGGACGCCGCAGACCUCGAGACUGUCCCCACCGUCAUGAUUGGAACGAUUCCGGGGGACAAGCCAAUUGAAAGCGGCAUGCGCGAAGUACUCUGCACCCUACUCGAGCGCGGCCAGCAAGCCAACCAAGAGGCAAAAAAGCGAGUGCUGCUCGAGAUGGCUUACAAGCCCUCGGUGACUCCGUUGAUGCAGCUCGCCUCUGACGCGGGCUGGGUGACGAUUGCUGGGUUGGAGGCGCUGGUUGGCCAGGGAUUCUACCAAUUCCAGUACUGGACUGGGAUCUCACCUGUGUAUGAGGAUGCCCGUAAUGCUGUUCUCGGCCCGGCGGAAUAG